CCUCCCAUUUCACCAAAGAGAUUGUCGGAAAUGUCGUACGACGGCCAUCCAGACGAUCAAUCCAUUCCUCCAACCUCAUGCUCCCAUGGCCACCCAUCCUCGCUCUGCCUCUAUACGCAGGAAGGAGGAAUCAUUUGCCUUCUCUGCUUCUCCAAUCUCAUCUCCGAUCCCCUCUCUUCCACAGUUCACGUCUCCUACGCACUCUCCCAGUUCUCCCAAGCUCUCUCUCAGCCCGCAUUCCUCCGCACCUUCCUGACUUUCCAUUCUCACUUCAUUGUCGCUCCCUUCGUCGCCGCACUCUGCUCCUUCGACGAUCACUCCAUUGCUCGCCAACUCACUGAUCUUGUUCGCCACCUCUGUGAUGUCACUGAAGUUGACGGUCAUGGAUCUCUUCGCGACGAUUUUAUUGCCAGAUUUUCUGAUCGGCUUUCUUCUGGUUCCUUGGCUUGGAGCCGCCGUCAGGUGUAUAUGCUUCAUUGUUAUGGAAUGCUAUUAAACUAUCGGACAAAAAAUUUCCAUGGAAAAAUUAAGAACAACAACGACAUCGUAUCAAAUCUUGUGGCAGGCCUUGAAUUACCAAGCGAGGAGAUACGGGGAGAGAUCCUCUUUGUUUUAUACAAAUUGUCCGUAAUUGAAUAUGCAUCUAACCAUAGCACUGAAACUGAUGUUCUCUCUGCAUUUUGCCCAAAACUUCUGUACCUAUCUCUGGAGGCCCUCGUGAAGACUCAAAAUGAUGAUGUCAGAUUGAACUGUGUAGCACUUCUAACUGUACUGGUUCAAAGAGGGCUCUUGGGGAGUGAACCUGAAUACUAUUCAAAGUUUAACGAGAAGGAACCAGAUGAACUCCCUUUGAAUAUUUUGUUUGCUGAUGCUAUCAAAGGUCCUCUGCUUUCCUCAGACAUAGAGCUCCAACUUAGCACUCUGGAGCUAAUAAUCCGUUAUUUGUCCUCGGAAGGCACUUCCAUCACACCGAUCCAACUAUUGGUCGAAGAAAAUAUAGUGGAUUACAUAUUUGAGAUAUUACGAUUUUCAGAAGGUAAGGAUCCCUUGGCAAGGGCUUGUCUUCAGGCCCUUGAUCUUCUUUCAAAAGCUGAACUGCCCUUCAAUCAAAGGCUUGCGGUCGGAUUUGCAACACUAAUUCCAGUGCUGCGCCAUGUUGCUGAAGUUCCUUUUCAUCCAGUUCACAGCCAAACACUUGGUCUCAUUUUGAAAUGCAUUUCUCAGUGUCCUGGAGUAGUGGCUGCAUCUCACAUUGAGGAACUAGUUCUUACUUUGACAAGGAUGCUCCGUCAGAAUGUGACAGGGGAGAUGGGCAUACAUCCAGACACAUUUGCAACAACCUGUGGAAUCUUGGUCACGAUUAUGAAGUCUCCAUCUCAUAGGGUGCCCCAUCUAGCAACAUCAAUUCAAGAAGUAUUAGAACAUGUAGUUUUAUUUUGUCUCAGAACAUUCGAAACACAACCAUCUCAGCUUUUACAUUCCUUAUACCUUCUCAAGGAGUUCUAUGCAUACAGUCAAGUCAUUACUGUUGUGGAUGACUCCGUCACCAAAGAUAUGAAAAUUUGUGUUCUUGAUGUAUGCACAACACAUUUACUACCUUGGCUUUUAGCAACUAUCAGUACAGUUGAAGAGGAACUUGUCAUGGGGGUAUUGGAAACUUUUAAUUCAAUUUUGCUCGAAGAUCCUGACAUCAGGACCAUAGAUUUUGCAAAAACACUUCUAUCUUCUUGUUGGUUCAGCUUCUCUUUCAAAUGUCUGGGCUCAUUUCCUUCUGAAAAGAUGAAAUGGAGAGUGUAUCUAAUGCUCAGUUCUCUGGUGGAUGUCAUCUUCGGAAAUGAUUCUGGACAAUGCAUUAGAGAAGCUGUAUCAUUUCUACCAUCCGAUCCAGUUGAUUUACUGUUUUUACUCGGACAAAAAAGCUUCAAUGACUUGGAGCUUUCUUCUUGUCAUUCUGUCGUUUUGCUGUUACUACAUGCAAGUUCGUUACACGAUGAUAGACUUGCUGAUGAGAAGAUGGUUUUAGCAUCUCUGGAACAGUAUAUUCUUGUCAGCAAAAGUGGCUUACUAUGUGGAAACCAUGACCCAUUUACAAUCACACAACUGGUGAAUAUAUAUGGGUUUUGUAGAUCUGUUGCUGAUGCUAGUUGCCACACUUCCUACAGUUCAGAAGUCGAGAGUAUACUGUUCCAGUUGGUGACUGAAAGUGAAUGGGAUAUGCAUUCUUCAAGGAUUCACAGAUCAACGUUACUAUGGUUGUUUAAACAAGAGAAAAUGAGAAAUCCACUAAGUUAUCAGGUUUUGAAAAUAUGCCAAAUCCUUGACCCAAAUUGGGCUAGUACUACCACCGUCCACAAUCAGUUUAUUGGUGCACAAGAAAUUGCUGAAUUAAUUGCCGAAGGAGAAAAUUAUGCGGCAACCAUUCUAAUCUUCUUGCUAGAACAGCUAGUUGAGGAAGGUGUCGAACAUCAUAUCAUUUUGGUGGUGAAUUUUGUGUCAAAUAUCGUGAAUAUGUUUCCAAGUUGUGCAGACCAAUUACACGUGCAUGGCAUAGGAAAUGCAAUAAAGCUUAUCUUUUACAAUACCAAAAAUUCGUACUCUAAACAGACAUUUAAAGCUGUCUUACUGUUGGUUUUCAGCGUUUUGAAAUCAGGGCAUUCUGGAAUGCUUUCCAACGAUGAAGCUUGGCUUGCCGUGACCGUUAAGCUGCUCGAUUGGAUUUUUCCAACUGAAGUAACGGAUAGGUGGACUCCUGAAAGUCUUUUAGUUGUUGCUAUUUUAUCCUUGAUUCUGCAUCUCUCAACGGAUGGAAGACUCAUUGAAGCUUCAAAAUCCGUACUUUUCCACACUCCCAUGGCAUCUGCAACCAAGUCUAUAUUGCAUGAAGCUUGCUCAAAAGGGCCUGCUUUAAUUGAUGAGCACGAGGGGACGAACAUGGGGAAAACUAUAAUUCUUGUCCUUUUCCUUGUUUACUUUUCGAUGAGAAGUCUUCAAGCUGUUCUGCCUGGGGCUGUCGAUUGGCAAAACAACCUUGGCCAAUCCAAUGGAACUCGGCUCUCUUUCAUUUGCAUUUCCUGCCACGAUUUGUGUAGGCUCUUGCAUUUUGGAUCUACUUCGAUUAAACUCAUGGCUUCAUAUUGCUUGUUCGAGCUGUUCACUCAACUUUCAGAUCAGAGAACUAGCAAACAGGAGGAGCUCAAAUGUAAUACAAAUUACCUGAGGUCUGUGAUUACUACAUUGGAAGGCCUGGUUGUAUACGGUAACCAACGUGUUGCUACGAAUUGUAGCCUAUGUUUAUCAAUGGUUUUAGGGUGGAAAGAAAUGGAAAUGCUGGAGGCGAGGGUUACUGUAAAGAACAAGUGGUGUAGGUUUAUCGUUGAAGAAUUGGUAGCUUCCAUCUCUCGUCCAUGUUUGGUUUCAAAUACAUUCACUGAAGAAAGACCUUCGAUUUAUGUAGCAGUGGCGCUGUUGAAGUUGCAAAAGGAUUUUGGCUGGAUGCGGUCAAUAUUUCAUGAAGCAUGCAUCUCCAGAAUAAUUGAAAAUGUCACAAUUAGUAAUUUGAGCCCUGAGUUGGUGACUCUUUUUCGAGAGCUAUUGAACUCCGAAUUCAUGCUGGCUGACCACAUUUCCAACCUAAAUUUGGCUCUUCAGACUUGCAGGAAGCAUAUCUACUAUGAGAAAGAUGAGGAUACUCAAACAGAGAGAGAAAUCGGGAAUGUGUUUGCUAACGUGGAUGACGAUCUGGGAGAAGUUUGUGAGUAUCUUAAUCACUUAAUUCAAUCAUAUUCACAGAAGAAUAAAAGAUUAUUGAAGGAGAUAGAGAUGUUUUUUACGGCUUUAGCAGAGAAGGAGACUAGCUGAACUGUCAACUACUCUUCGUUGAUUCAAGUGAAGUAAUAAAUCAUUAAAUAUACACCAAAUUUAGAACACACAAAAACAAUGUUCAUAACUCUGAGCAUAUAAAAUUCCCCUUGGUAAGUUUUCAUGCAAAAGCUGUCUUGGUUGUUAAUGAACAGUCAAAUCCCUUGAAAAGUUAAAUUUUUUUAUAUAGUUAUAAGUUAGUGUAUUGGGUAAGUCCAGUUGGCCUUGCCUUUCAAUAACUAGAUCAAUGAGUUCUUCAUAUGCUCAAAUUGUAUUUUCCAUAUCCUCAGGUUCUAGAGAAGUGUAUACCAUUUCCCAUUUUUUUUUAGGAAUUUCUCGUUUCCAAAUGCUUGACAAACAAGCGAGUCCGCGUUCAUCUCCACUGCUCUAGAAAGUAAGUUCAUCUUUGUACCUUCCUCAAAAAUUUCGGUGCCAUCAUAUCUUUUGACAUUUUCAUCUAAUGGAAUUCCAAUGGUUACUCUA